AUCUGUCCCUUAAUUCGACCAUAUAUGGUCCCUUUUGUUUCAAACAAUCAAAUGAAACAGAUGUCUAUUUUCUUCGGUCCGAAGCAAUAAACAAAGCACAGAAACAAGAUCACUGUCAGAGGAAAAGUUACAUCAUUUUCUUUUACUUUCUCUAAUUCAUUCUUUCUACACCAGGGUUCAGACCCUCAAAUUCCAUGGAAAGGCAAGAGUCAGAAACAAGAAACACGUUACGAUUUCUUCCUGGUUCAGGUUUCCACAAAAGGUGUCCACCUUUCUGAACACUACACCGGUCAAGUAGGUAGGUUACUUACAACCCACCUAGAAAGCGGCAUAUGGCUUCAUUACUUCGGAAAGACUUCUAAAUUUCCAAUGCUUCCGCAGCCUCAAAGAUUUUAAAGCUUCAAGUUGACCAUGGAUUCCCGUUAAGAGUGUAGGAAAAGUUGGUCACGCAAAAACACAGUUUUAAUCUCUCUGUUCUUUCAUAAUCUCCCUACAUAAACCCCAACCCUCCCCAUCACUCCAACAUCGUCAUUUCAGGGUUUUAUCAGAUCAGAAGAAUUCAAAGGCAUCAUCAAGAGCAUAGAGAAAGCUAAUGGCAAACAUAAAGAUGGCAAUGUGUCUUACCAUGGUUGUUGCAGCCAUGCUUUGUGCAGGAGCGGCAGCUCAGUCUGGCUGCACUGCUGUAUUGAUCAGCUUAUCACCUUGCCUCAACUAUAUUACUGGGAAUUCCUCGACCCCUUCUUCACAAUGUUGCUCGCAGCUUGCCAGUGUUGUCCGCUCCUCAGCACAAUGCUUGUGUCAGGUCCUCAAUGGUGGUGCUUCAUCAUUGGGGAUAAACAUCAACCGGACUCAGGCUAUGGCCUUGCCUGGGGCUUGCAAUGUCCAGACUCCACCCAUCAGCCAAUGUAAUGCCACUUCUCCCGCAGCCUCUCCAGCAGGAUCACCAGAAACCAGUACUACAUUUCCUUCAGGAAGUGGAUCCAAAACAGCACCAUUAACAAAAGAAGAUGGCUCAUUCAUAACAGAAGGAAAGUCCACAAAGUUGUCAUCUUCGCUGCUUAUCUUCUUUCUCUUAGCUGCAUCAUAUAGUUCAAUCUUCACAACAUACUGAUUUCCUCCUGUUUCAGUGUACUUUAGUUUAAUUACCAUUUGGUGUAAUCUUCAUUUGUUAAUCAGUUGUCCUCUGCCUGUGGAAGCUUUUAUAUUUUUUUCCUCAACCAUCCCUUUAGGGAUUGAUUUUUGUAUUACUGAAGAGAGUUCUUCUCUUCCCUUCCUAAUAAAGACCAUAUAUGAUUGUUCACUGAAAGUAUAAUGCAUGGAGGAUAUCAACAAACAUAUAUUACAUCCAAUUACAGAUCAAACAAUAAAUGUAUAAACAAUAAAAUUUAUAACAACAAAUGACAAGUUUAUGCAAUGAAGGAACCAACAGCAACUCUGAGGUGUGGAGCGAAGUACCAACCAAGGUAAAGAAUUAGUUAACAAGUCACUAAUUCUCCGAGUGUGAUACCGUCGACUGUUCUAUGACUAGCAUCAAUACAAAUUGAGAAUGCAUGAAGAAGCAUGUUGAUAACAGACCUUGUGCUUAAUGGAUCUGUAUUGCAGAAAGAGGAUUUCAUGCCAGCAGAUUUAGAAGAGGCUUUAGAGCUUGAACAGCAUGGAUGCUCAUUGAAACAUAUCCAAUAGUUGUGUAAGCAUCUCCAGCUGCAAAGCAUACAAUGUCAUUUAAUAUCUGCCCACAUAGGCUCCAUCGUGGUUACCAUCACAAAACUUCAAUAUUCUAGCUGUUCAAGAAGACCCAAAUAACUUAAGAAGCAAAUUUAGGUCUAGAGGGCAAUUCCAUCAUCAAAUACAAAUCAUAUUACAGUUGUAAUUAAAUGCAUAAAUAACCAAAAAAAAAAAGAACAAUAGUCUGAAGUUCCUACAACUAUUUCUUUUUCCAGUGAAGAAAACUGUUCAGAACUAAACACAUUGAUCAAUAUCCAUUACCGAUUCUUUGUUGACACAUGAAGUGUUAACCCAAAAAAUCAGCCAAAUUCAUUAAUUGUUAAUAUACGAUGGCUUAAUAU